CUCUUCAUUUAUAGUUAAACAUUCCGAUAAAUUAAAAAAACUAAAAAAAUAGCUAUAUAAAAAGAGGUGGGGGAGUUCCCUUUAAGUAAAUACAGUACAGUUAGAUUUUCCUCAAAUACUAAGUUAAACUAACUAACUAUAGCUAACUUGUAAAAAACAGUGUUUUCUGUCAUCGGCUGCUCUCCUUCCCAAAACUUGCUUGUUUGUUUACAGUUUCCAGCGCCUACCGCUUCUCCUUCCACCAUUUAUGGCUCCAAAGUCAACUAUGGACUGUUCCAUUUUAUAGCAUUCUGUUAAAUACCCACUUCUAGGAAUUAUUUCAAAACAAAUAUGGAUUCCGAAGAGCAAACACAUGAGGAGAAAUCAGAACCUACAACACAUUUGGGGAACAGUGAUUCAGAAUUUAAAUUGGUUAAGAGUGCUGCAAAUUCAUCUAGUGCCAUCGGUAUAUACAGCAUAUACAUAUAUGUUUCCUAGGCAUUUGAAAGCAAUUCUUAAUCGCAAGGCUUUUUUUAUAAAGAGAGGCUCCCACGCUAUAUAUACCAUAGAUGAAUUAAAUGAGAGAAUAUCUAAUCUACAUUCAUCCAUGAGUGAUUUUUAUAAUAAAGGUCAAAGCUUGGCCAUUGAUGAAGAUGACGAGGAUUCACAGAAUGAAUUAAAUGAGUUGCGAAAAAAGCACCAGGAUUCUGAAAGUGAUCGCAAAGCUGUUCAAAAGUUCUCUGGAGUAUACUCAACACACAAAAUUUUAGGUUCAUCUAGCUCAACUGUGAAUCAGCGUGGUAAUUUCCAUACUAAAAAAAAGCUUCGGUUCAGUUCAGAUGAGGCUGAUCGUAGCGUGGGCAAAAGACCUGUUUUGGUUGAGUUGUAUUCGUUUCCUGGUUAUGAUGAAGUCACUUGCACUCCAUUGCCAUAUCCUCUUAAAGCACGGUCUAUUUUAAACAUUCUUUUGGAUGCUCAGCGUGUGUUAAAGAAAAAGCCUGCAUUAAAAAAUGCUUUCAAAGAUUUUGUUCAAUCAAACAGCUCACAAGCUAUUCUGCAGGAUUCUUUUUGGUGGUAUUUUUGUCAUAAAUAUCAGCCAACAAUGACAUCACAAUCUGACUUGUUUGCUCGCAUCGCAAGAAAUUAUACAAAUUUAUUAGUAACAUGGACAGGACGAAAAUAUCAGGAAAUGUUAUUUAAGGAUUAUGCAAAUUUGAUGUCGCAGGCAAUAUAUUCCACGUUUUGUUACGCUUUUCCUGCUUCCUACCGACAAUUCAACGGCUGUUUUAGAGACGAUUUGCUGGGAGUUAUAACCAUGUGGAUGAUGGGCACUAAACCUGCUCUAAGAAGCUGGAAAAAUUGGAAUUUUACAGACCUUGAACCAGCAGGAUUAAGAAAAGGAGAGAAAAUAAAAGACGAUGCUGGGAAAGACUUUGAAUUUAAACAGACCGAGGAAAAACGAAAAAACGAACGACAUUCUGCUCGCAAAUUGAGCAGUCUGGAACCAUUUUCAAAAAACAAUUUUGAUCCAUUUUCCAAUCAAUCAAAGACAUCUGAAGUCAAGCAAGACGAGUCAAUGGAGCAAAUGUUAAAGCAGAUUUCAUCGGUACUUGGAAUUGUCGAAGCUAAGAAGAAGAAACAGUCCUGUGCAGCUGAGGAAAGUCCAACAUUUGCCAAGGUAGCGUUCGAUCUACAUGGCCGCAGUCCAUUGGUUGCACAUUUUUUAGAGUCUCAUAAUUUACUUCCAGAUGCAGGCACAUCAGUGCUGGUGCAACGAACUGAAAUUUCAUCAUUGCCCUCAUUAUCUGCAAAAACGUACGAUGAAGUGAUUCAAUGCACAAAGGACUCAUUGAACGAUUCACAAACGAAAUAUGAAAAUGCUUCGCAAGCUCACGCCAAUGAACGCCUUAAGUGUAUACAAAAACAGAAAAUGAAAAAUUUACAGUUUACAAGGUGCUCAGGAAAGUUGUUGUCUAAUCCUCAAGAGGUAAAAAAGAUAAGUGACCUGUUGCGACUGCCAGGCAAAGAGGAACCAGAAGACGCUGAUAUUCGUUGUGCGAAGCUUCGAAGUUUAGUUGGUCGAGCAUUAGAAGAAGAAGAUCACAAGUGAAAUUUUAAAAUACAUGUGCUUGAUUUUUCUCCUGCAGGGUCAGGAUUUUCUUUCAUUAUCUUCUACUCGGAGUUACAAAUGAUUUAUUGGUGGCCCGUUACUCAAUUCUGUUAAAAAGAUUGGCAAUUUUUUUCGAAUUGCUUUGCUUAACUGUUUAUACUGGUUUAUACAUUAUUGUUAUUUUAAAUAUUUUAAAUAUAUAUUUCUAUAUUAUUUAUUAUCUUAAUGUUUUAAACUUUCUUAGUCAAAUGUGUAACCAACCUGUUUUCAAAUUCAUUUUGUCACUUGACGUCACUGAUCUCAAGCUAGCAGUUAUAAAAGACUAGCUUUUUUUGAUGGAGCCGAGAGACGUUGCUACACUGCUUCAUACACACACAGAUAUUAUAACACACAUAACAGCGAGUUACGAAGCCCGACCACGAUCGCUACGUGUCAUGCCGCUCUUCUCCCAGCGUCUCCUCAUUUUAGGCUUUUUUCACGUUAAAAAUUCCUGGAAAUGAGCGGUUGGUGAUUAAAAAUUAUAUCUUGGCAAAACAUGCAUGAGAUAAAACUGGAA